AUGGACCCCGCAGCAGGGCCUGUACUCUAUCAGAAGCUGCUGCUCUGGGAGCCGAGCUUGGAGUCCGGGGAGGAGGAAGAAGAGGGGGAGACAUUGGAGCCACUGGUUCUCGAUCCCUGGAGGCCCCGGGACUCCUCUGGGAACAAGCCCAGUAGGCUGCCCAGAGCCUGGGCCCAACUAGCGGCAGCCCUGCUGUUGCUGGCCAUUGGCUGCUCCCUGGCCGUGUGGCAGAUCCAAACUAAGGGCGGUUCGACAGGAAGCUUGGGCUCUGUGGCCCCUCCACCCAGCGGACACUCCCACCACCCAGGUGUAUACCACCACAGUGCCAUCAUCAGCCCUGCAGCCACGUGCUCUCACCUGGGACGAGAGCUGCUUGUUGCUGGGGGCAAUGUCGUGGAUGCAGGAGUUGGAGCUGCUUUGUGCCUGGCAGUGGUGCAUCCUCAUGCCACAGGGCUAGGUGCCACGUUCUGGGGCCUCUUCCACAACAGCUCCUCAGGCAAUACAAUGGCCCUAAUGUCAGGCCCAGCCCAGACCCUGGCCCCUGGCCUGGCACUGCCUGCCGCUCUACCUACCCUGCACUUGCUUCAUGCACGCUUCGGCCGCCUGCCCUGGCCACACCUCCUGGUGGGCCCUACCACGCUGGCUCAAGAGGGCUUCCUGGUGGACACGCUCCUGGCAAGGGCUCUGGCAGCUCGGGGCACAGAUGGCCUCUGUCCGCUGCUUUGCCAUGCCGAUGGGACGCCCCUGGGCCCUGGGGCCCGAGCUACCAACCCCAAACUGGCAGCUGUGCUACACACGGCAGCACUUGCCCCCACCUCAGACCUUGCCGGGGAUGCCCUACUGAGUCUGCUGGCCAGAGACCUGGGGGUGGAGGUACCCUCUGCUGGCCCCAGGCCUAUCUUGGAGCCAGCACUGCAGCUACCUAUGCCCCAGGGCAUCCUGUUCACCAUCCCUGGCCCCUCCACUGGCCCAGAACUGCUGGCACAGCUGGAGGCAGCCUUACUCUCUGGGGCGCCCAACCCGGACCCCUGCCCGCCACUCCCGCAAACUGCCAUGACCCCUGCCAGCAGCAUUCUGGCCACUGUGGACAGCAGUGGCUCUGUGCUCCUUCUCACCUCCUCACUCAACAGCUCCUUUGGCUCUGGACACCUGUCCCCAAACACUGGGGUUCUGCUGAGCAACCUGGUGGCCAGGUCUGCAACUAGCACCUGGGCCUGCCCCCUCAUCCUCCGCAGCAGCCCAGAUGACACCGAGGCCGAUGUGUUGGGGCUGGUGGCUUCAGGAACCCCUGAUGUGGCCAGAGCCAUAACUCAGGCCUUACUCAGCCAUCUGGCAGGGCCCCAAACCCAGGCCCAGCACCAGCACCAGGCCCAGCAAGGACAAAUGGAGAGUGCCAGUGCUUGUGGCCAAGGGACCCUGCUCCAGGUGGCAGCCCAUGCAGAGCAUGCCCAUGUCUCCAGUGUCCCCAGUGACUGCUGCCCCUUCCAGGGGUUCUAA